UGAAGAGAUGCGAGAUGAAGGACAGGAGCAUGGGAAAAAGGUGUUAGUAGUAAUGGAGCCCAGCAGUCCAAAGAAGAUCCAGUUUACUGAUCCUCCACUGCAGGAACAGCUGGACCCACAGGCUGCCGAACAUAUCCGACGCAGAAGACCGACUCCUGCCACUUUGCAGAUCUACAGUCAGACUCCCGGUGCAGAUGUUGGACAACAGCACAUAGCCAGCGGAGAGACACAGGUUUCAGAGGCCUCUCAGCGGAAGCAGAGCACUGGUGCCGUACCCACCAUGAAAGAGCUACAGCUGGGAGUGGAGCAACAUCUUCUGGGAUCGGGCCUCUGUGAGACUGACAGCCAGAUAAGCCCAAUCACAGCACAGCUUUAUGGUAAUGCUGCCCUGUGGGCCAAUCACAAUGGGCCAGAGGAAGCCAAUGGGAAUGAGGCAAGUCUGGUUUUAGCCAAAGAGGAGAAAGAAAUGGCAGAGAGCAACAGUUCAGGGGAUUAG